CAUUAGAACGGGCUACGGAUUGCAAGUUUGAAAGCUAGAUUGCAAUUUCCGUUAUGACACCGUCGCCAUGUCAAAGCCCAUAGUGCUUAUUCUGUUGAUGGCAUGUUGCUCUUCUACCCUGAAAAUAAAUACUUCCUUCACCUUGCAGGCAGCGUUCUUCCCAUGACUGCUUACGACAAGAACGGUCUGCGUAUUCUGCUGCACUUUGCAAAGGAGUGCCCUCCUGGGCGUCCUGACGUGUUGGUGGUGGUGGUAUCGAUGUUGAAUACAGCACCUCUUCCCAUCAAGAAUAUUGUGUUACAAGCUGCGGUGCCAAAGUCCAUGAAAGUAAAGCUGCAGCCACCUUCAGGGACAGAGUUAGUGCCGUUCAGUCCCAUCAAGCCACCCGCUGCUAUUACCCAGGUUAUGCUGCUUGCAAAUCCUAGAAAG